AUGUCUGCCAGUACUGCCUCGAGCCAUGUCGCAGACAGUCCCGCGAUUGCUUCUGCUGGACCCGAGUACUCAUCAGUGAACGGCAGUACUGCAACGGCAACGCGGUCCUCACAUGCUUCCGAGCGCGCGCCUGAAGUUCACCACCAGCCUGCCUCCGCGACACGAUCAGAGCCUGACGAGCAUCAAACAUUCAGAAGUGCCUCGUCACACUCGACCCGCUACUCCACCACCAGCAACAUGCCUGCCACCACAGCUGCCACUUCAACCUACCAGCAGCACCCAACCGAAACAAUCAAGACCAACGGCGACGGCAACCUCCCCCCACUGCAAGCCAACAACGCAGUCCCCAACUACGAGCCCGCAACCGACGACGACCCACGCUCCUUCGAACUCCUCGCGCCCUCCUCCGACGCAGACUUCGCAUCCGACCACCAAUCCUCCUAUUCCCUCGAACGCGCCUCACAAUCCCUCUUCUCACGCGACCACCUCCAACUAAUCUUCUCCGACCCCUCCUACCUCCUCCGCUUCACCACAUUCCUCUCCACGCACCGACCGCCCACCUCCGUCGCCCUCCUCGUGCACUACCUCGACAGCCUGAAAUCGCUGCGCGCCAUCCACUACGCCAAUGCGAUCUGCGAGGGUCUCGAUCCCGUCCCCGGAAUCGACUUCUCGGGGGUGGCGGUGCAGAAGACGGUGAAUAAAGCGCUGGAAGAGCGGGCGGAGAAGGCGUUUGAGGUGCUGGUGCGGGAAGAGCUGCCGGCGUUUGUGUGCGAGGCGCUGAUUGGGGUGGUCAGUAAGAGCAUUACGGCGAGGAUAACGGGGAGUUUGAGUCCGAGUCUGCGGGAGGCGAGUGAGGGGUUGGCGGAGGUGUUUUGCUUGACGGAUCCGAGUCGGGCGGAUAAUCCGAUUAUUUUGCCAGUGAAGGUGAGUAGUGUUCUGGUCGGUGAUGAGUUCAAUAGGACGACACAGUAUGGCAUGGGCUAUAUUCUUGGCCGGAACUGUCGAUUUUUACAAGGUCCGGUCACAAGCCCACACAGCGUGCGGCGGUUACGAGAUGCUGUUGCGGCUGGGCAGCAGCAUCAGGAGUUGUUCUUGAACUACCGGCGAGAUGGAAGUCCAUUCAUGAACCUCCUCAUGAUCGCGCCCCUAGCCGACUCCCGCGGCGUCAUCCGCUACCACAUCGGCGCCCAAGUCGACGUCUCCGGCCUCGUGCGCGACUCCACCGAGCUCGAGUCCUUCACUCGCUUGCAGGAGAUGGAGAAACGUGGCGAGAAGCCAGCUGAGCACCAUACACCGAACCCGGAGAAGAACGACGAGCUGCGAGAACUAUCGGAGAUGUUGAAUCAAGGCGAGCUGAGCACGAUCAGGAGAUGGGGUGGGAGGAUGCAUAAGGGCGAGGAGGAUCACCAUCGGGAUGGAGGUGAUAGGGAGAGUGUGGCGAGUGGUGGGUGGGGACAGCAGAGGUUGUUGAUUCGGGAUCCGAAUGCGAUUACGCCGCCGUUGGAGAGGGCUGGGAAUGGGGGUGGUGGGGCGGGGAGGUUGAGCGGGAUUUACACGAAUUACCUGCUCGUCCGGCCAUACCCAUCACUGCGAAUACUGUUCGCAAGUCCUUCGCAGCGAGUUCCGGGGGUGCUGCAAUCGCCAUUCAUGUCCAAAAUUGGUGGAUCAAACCGUGUCCGAGACGAGCUUACUGCGGCGCUUGCAGAAGGCAGAGGCGUGACAGCAAAAGUGCGCUGGAUCACGCGGCUCGAUGAGGAGGGGCGUAAUAAAUGGAUUCACUGUACACCUUUGGUCGGUGCGAACGGCAAUAUUGGAGUUUGGAUGGUUGUCAUCGUUGAUGACGGGAGGAGUACGAGUAAGUGGAAUGCUGGACCGAGGCUGCCGCCUGCGGUUGCGGUUGAGGAGAAUAGUAAGGUGCGGACGCCGGGGAGGUCGACGCCCCUUAUGAAUGGGACGAAUGGGAGUGGUGUUGAUGUUGAUCGGGUGACGUUGGGUACGGGGAGUGUUAAUAGUAUGCGGCUAUGA